UUUUGAUGUAGUGUGUAGGUCAGCAUGGUCUUUCGUCGGCUUCCACCAUGGCAUAUUGUGGCCAGGGCCAACAAGUGCAGAAGGUGAUGGUGCAGCCCAUCACCCUUAUGUUCAGAUACUUGCAGAAUAGAUCUCGGGUUCAUGUGUGGCUUUACGAGCAAGCGAAUAUGUGGAUAGAGGGCUGUAUCAUUGGUAUUGAUGAAUACAUGAACCUUGUAUUAGAUGAUGCAGAAGAGAUUCAUUUUAAAACAAAGUCAAGAAAACAACCAGGUCAGAUCAUGAUAAAAGGUGAUAAUAUUACUCUCGUCCAAAGUGUCUUUAAUUAG